CACCAACACACACACAAUAAUGGAUCAAAAUUUGGUAGUGGUAGGAAAGAAGUUUUGGAAAAUUGUUCGAGUGGCGUUAUGCAUGUUAAGAAAAGGUAUAUCAAAGCAGAAAAUAGUGCUUGAUAUCAAAUUAAUGAUGAAGCGUAGUAAGAUUGGUAGUUACAAAGCCGUGGUCCAAAAUCUCAUGUUCCACUUCCACCACCACAACCAAAACAAAAACCUUCAGUUCGAUCACGUCGAGAGUGGUAAUUUACCAUUUUGCCCUCCACAUGAGGAUGAGUAUUAUGAGUUUAGCUGCACUAGCAGCCCAAAUUUGGACAUGAAAAAACACACUACUAGUCAUGAAGAGGAUGUUGUGGUGAUGAAUGCGGCGGUAAUGAGAGCCGCAUUGGAGAUGAUUAAGGGUGAAACAACGUCACCUGAUAAUUAUUUUAGUGGGUUUGGGAGACAGUUGAGGGUUACUGACUCGCCUUUUCCGGUGAGAGAUGAGGUGGAAGAAAUGGAUAAUCACGUAGAUGAGAAAGCUGAUGAGUUUAUCUCAAAGUUCUACAGAAAUUUGAGACGACAAUCCUCAUUUUCUGCUUCAUAAUGUUGCAAACAAUAUAUUUAAAAAAUAUGCAUGUUUUCUUGAUUUGUUAAAUCAAUCCUAUUAUAGGUUUUUUGCUUUUGUUGGAGCUGUACAUGAAUAUUAGUACUCUAUGUACGUGCUCAAAGACCACUACUAAAAUAAAAGCAGAAUUUGGCGAUGAAUAAAUUUCGUAGCUA